AUGCACCAUUCAGCUGCUGCCGACGACGAAGCCACCCGUUCCGCCCUCCGAUUCGCCACCAACUACGUGUUGGCCGCAGUAGAACCCCCAAGCCACGCCGCAGACGAACCCCUCCGUCACCGCGACAUGGUCUCUGGCCCACCCAUAGGCUACCUCGACGCUCAGGUCAGAGCCCGUGGCGCUUGGGCCCGCACACUGGUGGGCUCGCACAACCCUAGUCGCACUGAAGGCCACGCCUGCGCACGAUCUCCAACGGCGUCGAGGGCUGCCGCGUAG